UAAUAGAGAGGUUAUCACCUGAUCCGUGGUUAUUUCGCUCACGUGCUAGCUAACGCUAAACCGUGCUAUUACACUCCGCUGGUGAUAUUUUCAAAGCCCCUUCUGGCUUUCUUCAAUAUGCGAACAAGGCAUGUGUGCAAUCCUGCUACAAUCCUCUGUUCGCAGUAUUCAUUCCAGAUGCUGGCAUGGCAGGGUCCUGUUUGAGUUUGUACUUUCUCACCUCACUCAUUCCAACACGGCCGGCUUCUGCAGUGUUUCGCAGAACUAUUGUCUCGGGUCGUUGUUUCCUCUCAGUUCUCUUCAUACCUUUUUUGCACUCGGGACUAGCAACUACUUCCUAUAUAAUCAAAAUGUAUUGAUGAACAGGAUGUUCUUUCCCAAAGUUUCGUUUGUGUCAAGAAAUGAUGGGUAUAGACGAGCUUUCAAACAUUGCUAUACGACCCCAUGUCAUCACAGUAUCAUUAACAUGUCGGACAUGUUUGGGGACCAAAAUCCUCAUGACUUUCUCACACCAAAUUCAUCUCCAGAACAGGCCAGGGCAGCAAAGACCCAGGAACAGCCCUGGCCUUUGCCACUCUCCAGAGAAAAAUCCAUUUCCCUUCUACAACGAACACUUGAUCUCCUUCCAGGGCAAACAUCCUCGAUACACGACAGUCCAACCGUAUUCAUCAGCAUCAAUCUUGGCCACAGCGCCACGACCCUCGACCCCCACGAUGUCCUUGAGGUGGGAGUGGCUGUUCUUGAUAACCGCAACAUCGCAUCAACAACUCCCAAGCAAAAGGGCUUCCCCAUUCGAACGCACGAUUUCAUGAUCACAUGCGUCAGAGGAUGUAUCGAGAUAUCAACACCAUUCGCAUUCGGCCCUUGCACCAAAAUAUCCCCCAAAAAGCUCGAUGCACUCUUCCAGCGCAUCGCUUCCGGCCUACAGCAUGAGAAGCCACUAUAUCAAACGCACGGCGCGAAGAUUGUUUUGCCGGGAAAGAAUAUUGCUGGUACUUUGCGACUGAUGGACAUGGUGGUUCCAGACUUUUGGAAGGAUGCCAAGAUUGACGGGAUCGUGGACCUGGAUGUUCUUACUGAACAGCGAUGCUUCUUUAGCUUGCUGGAAGAGCUUGAUAUCCGUCCGGAGUUUGGAGAUAGGUGCUUGUUCUGUCCUGGGAAUGACGCGAACUAUGCGCUCAGAGCUGUCCUUCUCUAUACUUGCUACACUGUGGAAGAUGGGAGAGGAAGUCUGACUCGACAAGUCGAAGAGAAUCUGGAGCUUGUCACCUCGGUUUCGUUGGAGGGUAUCCCGAAUGGCCCUGUAUUGUCAUGUUCCCAUGGCGUGAAAAAUAAUGCCAUUACAGCUGUGGGUGAGUGGCGCAGAAACAGGGACCAGAAGGUACUGGAGAAACAGAGCUCUAGAAAGACGUGGCACUCUCAAUGUGAUGGCACUGGCUAUUUCGAAACACUGUUGCGAAGAUUAAAGCCUAUACAUCUCGCCAACGAGGUAGAGAGAGAGGGUUGGUGGGUUUCUUUGACAUAUCAUUGGGACGGGAGGCAUUGGAGUGGGAAUUUGUACGAUUGACCUCCCACAUCGAUGAGGCAUGGCUUUGUUCUCAAAUCCUUCUUAGCCGAAGUUCAAGUAA